AUGGAAGGCGGCUGCAAGCCCAACUCGUCGUCCAGCAGCCGGGACGAUGGCAACAGCGUCUUCCCCGCCAAGCCGCCCGCGACGGGCGCGGGGUCGACCGGGGCCGAGAAGGGGCUGGGCAGCCCGCCGGGGGGCGGCGGGGCGGGCGCCAAGGAGCUGGGCAACUCCGUGUGCUUCAAGGUGGACGGUGGCGGCGAUGAGCCGGCCGGGGGCCUGGAGGACGCCGAGGGACCCCGGCGGCAGUACGGCUUCAUGCAGAGGCAGUUCACCUCCAUGCUGCAGCCCGGCGUCAACAAAUUCUCCCUCCGCAUGUUUGGGAGCCAGAAGGCGGUGGAGAAGGAGCAGGAAAGGGUUAAAACUGCAGGCUUCUGGAUUAUCCACCCCUACAGCGAUUUCAGGUUUUACUGGGAUUUAAUAAUGCUUAUAAUGAUGGUUGGCAAUCUGGUCAUCAUACCCGUUGGAAUCACAUUCUUCACAGAACAAACAACAACACCCUGGAUUAUUUUCAACGUGGCCUCAGAUACAGUUUUCCUCUUGGACCUGAUCAUGAAUUUUAGGACUGGGACUGUCAAUGAAGACAGCUCUGAAAUCAUCCUGGACCCUAAAGUGAUCAAGAUGAAUUAUUUAAAGAGCUGGUUUGUGGUGGACUUCAUCUCAUCAAUCCCAGUGGAUUAUAUCUUCCUCAUUGUAGAAAAGGGAAUGGAUUCAGAAGUUUACAAGACAGCCAGGGCACUUCGCAUCGUGAGGUUUACAAAAAUUCUCAGUCUCUUGCGUUUAUUACGACUUUCAAGAUUAAUUAGAUACAUACAUCAGUGGGAGGAGAUUUUCCACAUGACCUACGACCUGGCCAGCGCGGUGGUGCGCAUCUUCAACCUCAUCGGCAUGAUGCUGCUGCUGUGCCACUGGGACGGCUGCCUGCAGUUCCUGGUGCCGCUGCUGCAGGACUUCCCCUCCGACUGCUGGGUGUCGCUCAACAAGAUGGUCAAUGACUCCUGGGGAAAGCAGUAUUCCUAUGCGCUCUUCAAGGCCAUGAGCCACAUGCUGUGCAUCGGGUACGGCGCGCAGGCCCCCGUCAGCAUGUCGGACCUGUGGAUCACCAUGCUCAGCAUGAUCGUGGGGGCCACCUGCUACGCCAUGUUCGUGGGCCACGCCACGGCUUUAAUCCAGUCUCUGGAUUCCUCCAGGCGGCAGUAUCAAGAGAAGUAUAAGCAAGUGGAACAAUACAUGUCAUUCCAUAAGUUGCCAGCUGAUAUGCGUCAGAAGAUUCAUGAUUACUAUGAACACAGGUACCAAGGCAAGAUCUUUGAUGAGGAAAAUAUUCUCAAUGAACUCAACGAUCCUCUGAGAGAGGAGAUAGUCAACUUCAACUGUCGGAAACUCGUGGCCACGAUGCCUCUGUUUGCUAACGCUGACCCCAAUUUUGUGACUGCCAUGCUGAGCAAGUUGAGAUUCGAGGUGUUUCAACCUGGAGAUUAUAUCAUACGAGAAGGAGCUGUGGGGAAAAAAAUGUACUUCAUUCAGCAUGGUGUUGCUGGAGUCAUCACAAAGUCCAGUAAAGAAAUGAAGCUGACCGACGGCUCGUACUUCGGAGAGAUUUGCCUGCUGACCAAGGGACGCCGCACUGCCAGUGUUCGAGCUGACACAUACUGUCGUCUUUAUUCACUUUCUGUGGACAACUUCAAUGAGGUCCUGGAGGAAUAUCCGAUGAUGAGAAGAGCCUUUGAGACGGUGGCCAUUGACCGACUAGAUCGGAUAGGCAAGAAAAAUUCAAUUCUUCUGCAAAAGUUCCAGAAGGAUCUUAACACUGGUGUUUUCAACAACCAGGAGAACGAGAUCCUGAAGCAGAUCGUGAAACACGACCGGGAGAUGGUGCAGGCCAUCGCUCCGAUCAGUUACCCGCAGAUGCCGGCCCUGAACGCCGCCUCCGCUGCCACGCCCACCUCCCGCCUGCGGACCCAGUCGCCGCCCGUGUACACCGCCGCCAGCCGGUCCCCUAGCAACCUGCACUCCCCCAGCCCCAGCACGCAGACCCCGCAGCCCUCGGCCAUCCUCUCGCCCUGCUCCUACACCACGGCCGUCUGCAGCCCUCCGGUCCAGAGCCCGCUGGCCGCCCGAACUUUCCACUACGCCUCCCCGACGGCGUCCCAGCUGUCCCUGGUGCACCAGCCGCCGCCGCCCCCCGCGCCGCAGCCCCCGCCGCCGCCGCCGCCGCAGCCCCCGCAGCAGCCCCCGCAGCCUCAGAAGCCCAGCGGCAGCUCCACGCCCAAAGCCGACGUGCACAAGAGCACGCAGGCCCUGCACAACGCCAGCCUGACCCGGGAGGUCAGGCCCCUCUCCGCCUCGCAGCCCUCGCUGCCCCACGAGGUGUCCACCCCGAUUUCCAGACCGCACCCCACUGUGGGCGAGUCCCUGGCCUCCAUCCCUCAGCCCGCGCCAGCCGUCCCCGGCGGGAGCCUGCAGGCGGGGGGCAGGGGCACUGUCCCCCAGAGGGUGACCCUGUUCCGACAGAUGUCGUCGGGAGCCAUCCCCCCCACCCGAGGAGUCCCGCCCGCACCCCCUCCGCCGGCGGCCCCUCUUCAGAAAGAGCCUUCCUCCGUCUUAAAAACAGACCCAGAGGCCGAAAAGCCACGGUUUUCUUCGAAUUUAUGAUCCCUGCCGAUUGUCACACAGACUCGACUAAACCGAGAACAUUCUCAGAUCUUAUUUUAUUCUAUCUCCUGACACAUCCCUAUAGCCUAUUAUGAAGAGAUAUUUUAGACAGCUCUGGCC